AAAUAUCUCCUUGAGUGUGUGUCAGAGCCAGCGAUAACAAGCGAUCGCACUCAAUGUAGUAAAGGACGACGCCACGAAAUAAAUAAAAUCAAAUGACACGAUUAAACUUGACCGAAGAAGGUGUGCCCUGCUAAGAAUACAAACAAUUAGGCUAACAACUGAGCCAUGCCGGAUAAUCGUUAUAUUAUUGAAAUUAAACUGCUAAAACUAACCAAGUCUUCUUCUUCUUCUUGAUGAUGAGUUUUGCUGUCGUGGGAUGAAUGACGAGGAUGGCAUUUGACUUUGAUUCCUCCUCCUCCUCCUCCUCUUAUUAAACUAUGUAAAUGGUCAUCACAGCCUUCAAGAGUAAUUUGUGAUAAUGUGAUGCAAACUUGAAAAUCAACAAGAAUUUGGGUUACAUUAAAAAUAUUUUUUAAUAUCGUCGACAGUUUUCCAUUUAUACCUAAAAAAGGGAGCGAGCAAAGUGUGCCAGGUUGCCAGGAUAACUUAAUUUUGAAGUUUUUAUGCUUUAAGCGAGAAGAAGACGAGAAAAAUUGGACUUUUUUUAAUACCACCCGUAAAUUCUCAAACUGGGUGGAUUUAAUAAGUUGUUGGAAUUAGGGAAAAUACGGAUUUAGCUGUGCCGUACGGAUCGAAAUCAGUGCAGAAUUCAGGUGGAUAAAAAGGGGUGGAGGUGGACAGGCCAGCCACGAGAGAAGGACUCCCUGGAGAGCAGUUUCCAUUUUAGUUCAUCUCUUGUGUUCUCUUAAAACAACGGAACGAACGGGUCUCUGCAAUUAAUUUGAGAAAUAAAACAGCAUCAAAAUGCACACACGGAGCAAAAAAAAAGAGUCGUGGGACGGGGUUUUUGAUUGAUUAAAAAAUGUCUUGGUUGAAGGAAAGGAAAUAAAAAUCCAACUAUUUAAUCCAACAUUUUUCCAACAUACUUGACAUCUCGGAGGACGAUGCGAUGUUUGGGAUGAUUGAAACUUUGACGGGUGGAAUUUGACAGAUUUUACGAUGGUUUAAAAAAUCUUGCUUGAUUUUGGACAAAAUCUUCAAAUCAGUAGUUUCAGUUGUUCUUCGCUCAAGAAGAGAUAUGCGAUAAUUCUUUUUAGCGAUUCUUCCUCUCCUUCUGACUCUCUUAACUUUUGAAACAAUUCCUUAAAAACACAUUCACAUUAUCUACGUUUUAUUAGUGUAGGAGAUAAACCGACAAGACGAAGAAGACGACAGGAAAAUAAAUACGAUGAAAAAAAUGUGGUUCUUCUAGUGCAGAUUUCGACUGAAUUUUACAAUGAUAGUUUCGUGAAGAAGUGAAUUAUUUAUUAUAUUCGGAAUGCUUCAAUUGUGACAACCCAACCCAUGAAAUGAUUUCAACAACAUUUUUCUCCAAUUGUUCAGUCUGCUAGCGCAAUAACAACGUCAGCACAGAAGUCAGAACUGGUCGUCGGUGGAAGCAAAAUUACUAAACCCACCAUGUUUUUUAAUCGGAUCCGAAAAAGAAUCUGGGGGGAACCAAGUGGAGGGGAUUCGCCACCCUCUUCCAGCAACGGGACCACCCCAACCAAACCAACAGUUGACGGAACUCCAGAUAUUUUGUCGCCUUCGUCGUCUGGACGAGACUCUCGACUGUCGUCGAAUAGCACCCCCAUUCAAAAUCUCCGAGCUUCUUCCGCCACCGACCUUUCAACCCCGCUGCAAUUUCCACCUCCGCCAGAAAAGACGACAAAGGUGGAACGGAGGGCGAGCGGAGCUUCCAAAUUUCUCCGAUCCUUGCGCCCCUCCCAUAACUCCAAGGAGUCGAAGGAAGCCAUCAACUUUAUCGCGUUGAAAGAACUCGACAGCGACCACCACUGCCUUUCUCCGGAGGGUAAGAGAAACAACCCGGGUUAUAAUUCGAGAUCAUUCCGCCCAAACAGUAAACCCCUGCUCUUGUCGCCUCCCGCAUCAUCCUCUUCCCCCUCCUCGGGCGACCUGGGAAUCUCGCGCAGCCAAAGUUUCCAAGAGAAGAGGUUACUCGUUUCCACAUCGAAAUCCACCCUCCUCUUGUCCCCUGCCAAUAACAACUCGUCAGCAGCAUCCAACAACCACCAAGCCAUAACUCCACUCCCACUAAAAGUCAAACACUCCCGAGCUCAGAGCUUCGUGUGCAACACAAACUCACAAUUUCUCUUGAGACAUCAGCAGCAACAGCAACAUCAAAACUACCAAAACUUGCUCAAAUUGCAACAACACCAACAGCAGAAUAUUUACUCCGUUCCGAAACCUAGCUCAUCUUCUGGCCCGUUACCGCCUCCCCAGAAUGUCAAUGGGCUUCCAGCCAUCCCUCCAACCAGCCCGACUUCACCGCCACCAAAGUGUGAAACCAUUUACGAGAAUUUGGAAGUAAUUUUAGAACAGGGGAAAGCCAAAGGUAGAGCUCCAUCAGCAUCCACUAUGGCCAUCGAUGUGGGCCGUGGUAGUAGCAAUAAUGGGAGAAAAGCGGAUGUUGGGGUUAUCAAUAAUUACGCCGAUUAUGCAAACAUUGACAUGACGAUUAACACAACCACGCCAGAACCCAGGGUCACAAACUCGUCGUCAACAACGCCGGGGACCAAUGGACUGGAGUCUACGACUACAACUUCCCCGUUGAGUAACGGUCAUGGCGGAGACCUUCAGAAUGGAGUCAUGGGCCGGAAGCUGAGACGUUCCAUUUCAGAAGUUCCAUCCGAUCGGGUCAUGCUCCCAUUUCCCAAGAAAAUCCUUGAAACUUCCCAACGAGCACUGUACUCUUCAAUCGGAGGAAAUGGGUUAUCAAUCUGGAAGUUGGAUAAGCCUCACCACAACCACCCACCCCCUUGCAACAGCAGUAACAUUAACAAUUCUCCGCUGAAGGGGAAGUGUGGGUCGACACAGGCCUUGUACUCAACCCCACAUCGGCCCCUCCAGUACCCCGUGUACUCCACGCUUCCGAGAAACCACUCUCAACAAGGAACAGUCUGCUCGUCCCCCAAACCACCCACGAACGUCCCACCGCUCAGCGUCCAUCAACGGUAUCAUUCUUCCUCGUCGUCGUCGUCCGGAAAUGGACUGCCACCCAUCCCAACAAGUACCAACAGCACUACCAGCAACACAUCAGUUCUACUCUCGCCUGCACGCUCAACGCCGAAUUUGGGUAGCUCUGCCAAACUGCAACUCACACCACAAGUCCAGACACCACCGAGUCACCCAAUUUACCGGGAACCCCCAACCUACACUCCAGGCCCAGUAGUGAACUCGUACUCCCUGGGACGAAGUAAGCGACAGUUCCCCAUCGGGCUGAGAUCAUCGCGAUCCUCAGAAAAUGUAAAAUUGCUCCAAGACUACUCCAUCACGACGACGGAACCAAUCCCCACGAGUACGACUGCUACUAGCAAAAGUAGUGGUGCCAGUGACCACUCUCCCCCCCUCGCAAUGUCCUCGACGUUAAGUGGAAAUUCUCCAUCUUGGCUCAAGGACAAAUCCUCCGCAAACUGCACUCCCGUCCGAGACUCUUCCUCUCUCAAGGGCAUCCGGUACGGGCCAGGUCAUGAAAAAUACCCCAGUUGGCCUAUACCUGCCUCCUCAGUGGCAGAAGUCGACCCCGCCGGAUCGGCCAGUCCCUCCUCCUCUGCUAAAAUCGACCUAGCCCAUGGUGGCUCCGUCCGCUCGAAAAGCUGGACCGAGAGCACGGACUAUCCCAAAGAAAAAGUGCCAUCCUAUGCACGGCCCUACAUGAAGAAAAUGAUGAUGGCUGCAGCAAACAGCAAUUCUUCCAACGCAAAUUCAAGCUCUGGUUAUAGCCACCAGUUGAAAACGGUGUUGGAAAAGUGUGAGAAAGCGAAGCAGCAGGAACGAGUAGGAGGUGGCCGAGGUUAUCAUGUCCUCCAACCACCCCAAGGUUAUCGAGACCACCAACACCAGAAUAAUAGUCAGCAACAGCAGCAACAUCCCCCAGCAGAGAAAGAGUACAACAUCCCUUCGCCCCCCGAGCGAGACUCUGGUGCUGUCAAACCCCUCACACAAGAGGACGUUGAAAACUACUCGAAAAAGUACGAAGAGCUGCUCUCCCAAUACGCCGGCUCUGAAGGGUACCACUCCUACAUCAGUUCCGAGUGUUCGUCCUCCUCGUAUGUGUCCUCCUCCUCCACGACACCCUUCCUCGACCUCCUCCGCCGAGAGAGCGGUGACCUUUUAAACCAUCAGCAUCACUACCAACCCUUCUACGAUCAUCUCGACCCCUCCGACCCGCUCUUUGCGCUCGCACACCUCGCCGCAAAUCGAUCCGGACGAGAGUCUGUGACCACGGUUGUGACGAAUUCGUCGGGGUCCUCGUCCGGGACGGAAACGCUGAAAUGCUUCGGAUCUGCGAGCGAUGUGAGUAUAGCUUCAUCCUCCAACAACAGGUGGGACUCCCACAAACAUCCGGGCAAACAUUCCCCUUCAAACAAGUCUCCCCACUCACCCACAAAAUCGUGGUCCCCACCUACGAGUGAUUUAUCGUCGAGGGAGAUUAACCUGAAAAAGUUUCCCCUGUCGACAUACACACGUCCCUCCACUCUCUCCCUAGAGAAGCAGCAACAACAGCAGCAACAAAUCCAGCCGGAGAAGGACACCCCUUCUCCAACAUCAGCAACCACUCCUCCAGCCCCCUCCAAAUGUCAAGAGCCACAAAACCAACCCUCGUCCAACUCUCCCAUCAUCGACACCAGCAAACCACCUUCGGUCGCGGAACGAAUUUGGGAACUGGAGCAGAAACAGUCACGGGAGAAGAUCGCCUCCUCCCUUCCUCCGCAACCACCUCCGCCAAUAAUCUCAAUGUCGUCCUCCUCAUCUCUCAACAGCAGUUCAAAUUCCAACAGUUUGUCAUUUAAACGUGUCACCCAACUCGGACCGGGUGGACUCAGUCAUUCCAGUGAAACGCUUCCCCUCACAUCUUCCCUUAUCCAGAGCAUCAAGGAAGAAGCUGCUGCCAAGGCUGCCGCUGCCGCAGCCCAACAACAACAACAGUCCUUGCCCCCAAUUUCUACAACUGCCACGACUACUAAUGUGUCAUCAUCAUCAGCGUACAAAAAUUUGUGGAACGGGGGAGAAAAGGAGACCCCAACUACUCCACCCACUGAGAAUGCAACCUCAACUGCCACCAGCUCACCCACCACGGAGAUUAAAAAUAGCAGUGCUGGCGGCGUCCCUAGUGUUCAAGGGACAAGUUCUUCGUCAUCAAUUUGUGGGGAGGGUGAGAACAUUUCGUACUCUUAUCUCGAUCCCGAGAAGAAGCACAAGGUCGCGGACAUGACGUUGAAGGCCAUCCAGAAGAAAGCCCUCUUAUCUUACUACGAACGCCAUGCGGGGAAAGGGGAGGGAGCACCUGCUUCUGCUGCUGCUUCUACUAGUCACAACAAGGGUGCGGUCGAUGCUAAUCAGGGGGAUAACAAGUCCGAACAUGGCAAAGACGAUGGUACUGGCGCGAAUGAAAGACUUGGCUUCAUGACGAAGUACAACAGCGGCCAACUAGCGGGACGCGACGGAGUUGUGAACGGAUGGCAGUCGAACGGUGCAAGUCUAGGUGGUGCUCACGUCGUUGGCAAUUUCAACAAUCCAAAGCUCAACAAUGGUGCAACCAACAACAAUGCAAUAACUUCGUCCUCCUCAGAACCACCACCCCCAGAAAGACCCCCAAAGAAACCACAUCUCCGACAGUUUAAUCCGCACCAGGUGGAUAACAACGACCCCAUGAACCACGAUUCCAGUCCUCCUCCACCCCUUCCACGCGCUCCAAUUCGACCCCCAGCCCCCAACCCGUCAUCAUCCCCGGUCAAGGCCAACCUCGUGAGCGGAGUGCCACCCGUCCCCUCCAAACCCGUCGUGGGGGUUCCCAUCAACGCGGGAAUCGUGACGAUGGCGCGGUCACCGUCGCCUGACCUUCCUCUGCCCCCACCACCACCCAUCGCGGAGGAGGAAGAGGUGGAAGUGGUGGACAACGACGAACCGCUGCCUCCACCCCCAAGUCUCACGGAGGUCUCGAACUGCCUCGGAUCGAGGUCACGGUCUGUGUCCGGAUUGAGCAGUUACCUCCACAAAGACUCGUACCUGGCGCAACGGAAGGAACGGACCCUGGGCUAUGAGGGUCGUUACAGGCGAACUCUGUCCCCCUCGGGGAUGGGGUCGAACAACAACAACAGCCAUAAAUCGGAAAAUGGUGGCGGAGUCGUAGUCGGGAUCCCUCCACAACAUCCAAUCGCCCCCAGAAGCAUGCAGCACAUGGCGACGUCGACGUCGACGACCACGACGAGCAGUGGGAAGUUGGACACGUCCCUCACCCCAUCAGGUUGGGAAAAGUACCACAACAUUCGUCCGCCCAGCACGACGGUGAUUUUCAGUUCGCACGAACUCCCAAAACCAGUCUCGCCAACAGUCUCUGGAUUCACUCGCUCCGUGUCCUGCGACUCUAAUUUGUUCAACAACAAGACGGGCUUCACCCAGUCCACGAUCCCACCACCAGUUGCACAAGUUGCCCCCCUUCGCGACCCUUACUACCACCACUACCACUACGCCCAGUCACAAUCCUCCCUCCUCGAGUUUGAAAAGGUGGUGGCAGUUGAACCCUUCCACCACGAAUCGUCCUCGUCAUCAUCAUCCUCCGCCAGUUCAUCCUCCUCUCUCACAUUCUUGCCGAAUGGUAGUGACCUUCACCUCCUGCACAACGGGACUUACGAACAACACAAUCCUCCCCCCUUGCCACCUUCGAUAAACAAGGCCAACACGGUGAUGGUCUCACCCCUCCAGUAUAAUAGUGACCAUAGAAGUAGAAAUUAUCAAAAUCCGAACCACGAGAAAAUGGGGCAAACGAAAUCGACCAGCUUGAAGGACAAGUCUCUCCUGAAAAAUUCAGAGUUGUCCCUUCGAGUCAACUGCACGUCAGAUGUAGGAUCACAGACUGAGUUGAAGGAGAAGGAAAAUUUGAACAAUGGGAGUAGUCCUAGUCCAACCCAAAAUAUCGAAAAGAAGACGACGGCGACUUCACCCAUAAGGUCGGGCUCGUCUUCGUCUACUACGAGCAGCAGCAGCAGCAGUGGGGGGAGCUGUUCUUCGUCGUUUGACGAUUCAUCCGGUGGUGGGGGUUCAUCUUCGUCAUCUGCCAAGGGGAGCAGUGGGCUCAGCGGUGGGGGUUCAUUCUCAGUCAUUCCGUCAUACACCGGGAGACAAAAGUCAAAGGAGGAGCUGGAGUGUGAAGAAUUGUCGAGAAGUUUGAUUAAGAAAUUGCCACAGGGUGAUAAACUUCAAAAAAUUUUAGUGCCAUUACCGGAGCAUAAAACGACGGCGGAUUACAUGGAGGGAUUGUUUCAAUUGGAGUUGAAGUUGUCCAAGCCAGAAAAGGAGGAGAAAGAGACUAAUACAUCACCCAGGUCGAGUCCGGACUUGCUUCAAAGUCUGCCCAAGGGGGAUGGUGGAAAAAAUCCAUCAAAGACACCAUCACCAACUCUCAUCUCCCAGCAGGAUGACAAGAAUGUGUUCGGAAAUAAGGGUGGCAGUGCAGAAGAUGGGAGUCAGGAUUCUAAUAAAAGAUGUAACGGCCAUGCCCCACUCCCUGCGGAUUCUGCUUACUUUACCACGUCCGAAUGUAAAGCAAAAUUUUUGACGCAGUACGUCAACGACAUGAAUAGCAAAAGUUCGCCCUGCAAGGGUCAGGAUAGUCAAGAGCUAAACCAACAAAAGGAGAUGCUGGUGUCAAGGAUUAGCAGGAAAUUGGAAAUUUUAAGAACAGAGCAGUUGGAAAUUCGAGAGGAAAUCGAAUCAAACGAAGACUUGGGUCAUCAAGUUGUUGAACGCGUUAAAGGAUCUGCAAAACGGAAUGAAUUUGAUAAAUUCAAGCUUCACGUUGAGGAAAUUGAAAAGAUUACGAGCCUUCUCCUAGGAUUAUCAGGAAGAUUGGCGAGAGCGGAAAAUGCUCUGAUGAGUCUGACUGAAAAUAAUUCUAAUCCUCAAGAAAAGAAAAUCCUGGAAAGUAAACGGGACAAGUUGCGAGAACAAUUAGAAGAAGCUAAAGGGCUAAAGGAGAACAUCGACCGGCGCUCCGCCCAAGUGUCAAUUAUCCUACAAAAGUACCUUACUGCCGAAGACUAUGCGGAUUAUCACCACUUUGUCAAAAUGAAGGCAAAGCUUAUAAUCGACGCCAGAGAAAUCGACGACAAAAUUAAACUCGGAGAAGAACAAAUGGUCGCCCUGAAAGAUACGCUGUCCUCUUACCCAGCAUCAUCCUGAAAAUAACAGAAGGAAGACUUCUAUAAUAAUAAUCAAUAUUUCCCUGCUCAUAAACCCAGCAUAUUUUAUUUAAGAAACAGUGAGCCUAGUUAUGUCAAAGUGCAGUAACAGCACAUCAAAAUUAUUGUGUUAAUUUAUGGGAAAGUCCUGGUGAAAAUUGAGUUGAGAGAGUUUCGCAACUUUCGAUAGGAGAAAUUUUAGUAGAAGAAUUGGUGUUUUUUAAAUGAUUUUUAAAACUAUGGAGGGGUCUUUCUUUAAUUGAUUAAUUACUCGAUUAAUUAAUUAAAUGCCAUACGUGCACGUAGUAGAAAUAUUUUAUAGCUGUACUGCAAAAACCCUACUACAAAUGUACUAUAGCCACCAAUGCUAUCAACGGUUUGGUACUCAUCAAUAUUUGUAGGAUUUUAUUGAGGUGCUAUAUACAAACUAAAUUAAUUUCGGUGAAACCUAUUUAAAUAUUUUGUAACAACAGCAUAUUAAGUAUUAUCUUCAAAUUAUGUAAAUUAAUGGUAAGAUUUCAAAGUAUAUUCAUAGUAAUUAAAUGAUUGGUAUGCAUCCAUCCACCACGCUUCUAUCCAUAUCUACCUACGCCCCCAUAUUUCAAUAUUGUGAUACAGCUUUAAAUUAUUUUACAACACACACAAACACGAGGAAAUAAAUUAGCAGACAAUGUUAUAGAAUUUUUUGAAAUCUCACCAAAAAGAUAUAAUAUCUCAUCACCUGUCGUAGUAAGACGAAAAUUUUAAAGUUUCUAAUCAACGAACUGAUUGUUUUGUAGAAGAAGAAGAAAAGAAGGGAGAAGUUGAAUAAUAAUUGAUGACUGACUGGACUGAUGUACAUUUAACUCUGUAAUAAAUUUCAUGUAAAUAUGUCAUUACUUUCCAGAGCAGGAUGAUUUAAUGAUUCUACUACUACGACACAAGUUUUUGAGUCCGUUUAUGUUUAUGAAUGAUGAUAGGUUCCAUUAUAGUGGAGUUACUCUAGAAUUUAUUAUUAUUGACAACUUAUUAUAAAAUUAGUAUAAUUAUGCUUAUUAUUAUCACCAUUUAUAUAUCUUAGUGAUUUAAUUAUUGUACUAUUAAAUGAACUGCGUAAAAUAGAUAAUCGUCGCUGCUGAUGUUGCUAUUAAUUAUAGGUAUGUACUACUAUAUGAGUUUAAAUCCUGUGUUGCAAAUUGUGUGCCUAGUACUAAGCAACGGAGAUAGCCUUAUUAUUAAACGACAGGAAAAGAAUGGACGUCGGCCGAGUAUAAAGACAUGAAUGAAUUUCGACAUCGAUGAUUUAAUGAAAUAAUAAAGAAAUGCGAUAUAUAAAAACUA